UUUACAACUGUAGCCCACGUGAACAGUGCUGUUGCAAUCUUCUAGGUAACACCAUGCAUUUGUUCAAAACAUUGCUCGCAAAAGUAGCUCAAGUUCCACUAGGUUCCUUCCCUUUCGGUGUCAACAAUCACGUGCUGGUGUCCCAGUCGAGGUGCAUCUUUGAAAACUUAGCUUUGGAACAGUGGUUGUACGAACACGUCGAAUUUACACCGGGAUCUCCAGGACUGCUUCUCAUGUGGUGGAACGAGCCUGCCGUGGUUAUCGGCAGGCAUCAGAAUCCGUGGAUCGAAUGUAGUGUCAAGAACGCCGCAGACCUUGGCGUCAAUCUGGCGAGGAGGAAUAGCGGUGGUGGAACAGUGUAUCACGAUUUGGGGAACUUGAACUGUUGCUUCAUGGGACAUAAGGCGGACUACAAUCGCAAAAAUAACCUCAGGAUAAUCUGCGACGCGCUGCAGACUUGUUGGAAAGUUAGAGCUGAGAUUUCAGAUAGGGAUGACAUUUUGGUACAAGAUACUUUCAAGAUAUCAGGAACAGCUGCAAAAAUUAGCCACAACACAGCGUACCACCACUGCACUGUUCUUGUCGAUGUUAACACCACUGUCCUGCAUCAAGUUCUCGAACCAAUAUUUAAAAACUUUGAGAGCAAAGCAACAACCAGUGUACGGGCAUCAGUACGAAAUCUGAAGGAGAUCUGCCCACACAUGACAUUAGAAGACCUCGCUGAGACAGUUGGACAGGCGUACAAUGAGUACUUUUCUACUGGGACAGACUCGCAACUGGCAUUGGAACCUAGUAAAAACCAGUUCUCUGAAAUUGAAGCUACGAAGCAACACCUCAUGAGCUGGGACUGGGUGUUCGGAAUGACCCCACGAUUUACGGCAUAUGAUUCAUUUCACAUGCCGCCAAGUCUGUAUUCAGGAGUGGACAUUGGAGACAGUUUUUACCACGCCGUCCUAAAAAUAUCUCUGACUGCAUACCAUGGCAAAUUGGAAGACGUGAGGUUUACACCACAUUUGCGGAACCGAUCUUUGGAAUGUACCAUUAAGAAGUGUUUAGGAGGUGUACGAUUUCGUCAAGAUGACAUUAGGACGGUCUUUUCACAACUGGCGUCCUUCGAGUCGGUUGAGGAAGAAAACGAAGAUACUGCAGAACUACUUAAAUUUGUGGGUAAUAGUGUUUGUGCUGUUGUGGGAAAUGCCUGCAGGUGAUAUUCUCACCAGGGAAGAACCAUGAUAACCUCAUUAGUAAUUCAUUGUAGUCUGAACAAAUUUUCAGAUGCGAUUAUGAGUAGCUCUAUACAGAGUUAAUAUUUUAUUAGGAUGAAAAUAUACAGUUAUUUACAGAUAUAUUUUUAACUAUCACUCAAAUGCUUUCAGCCGAGUCAGGAUGGCCUUCUGAACUUCCCCUGCACAAAAAUACGAGGAACACAGAUUCCUUCCUUCUUGUUAACCGUUUCACGAGUGACGUAGCUGCUGGAUUCGACGAGAUAUCCAGCCUGGACAAACAGCUCCAUUAAGUGUUCCUCAGAAAAAUAGAAUGCUCUAGUCCCAUCCUGUCUGACAUAGAAGUUUUCCCCUAUUUUGUGUCCGGGACCAAAUCUUAGCAUGGCUUGGUCGUAGAGGCCAUAGUCUCUGAAUAGCAAUAAACCACCCGGUCUUAGUACUUUAAGCACGUUUUCUAAGCUCUGACCCAUCUUAUCGGGAUGGACAGCAGAAAGUACAAAGAUCAUAGUCGCAAUGUCAACACUGCCUUCUGGUAUGGUGUCUGAGAGCCUAUCUUGUGUGAUGUCACAUUGAAAGGCCUUUCCUACAUCCUCAGUGAAGAGUGGAUUUGACUGAACGAACUCUACGGCUCUAGGUGAGAAAUCGCAGGCGUAGAUGUAAAAUGCACAGUUCUCUUCUAUUAAGGGGACAAUAAAGUUGCCAACACCGCAUCCGA